GGUCCAACCAAAGUCAGCAAGGUAGACCAACUCUGCAGCUAGCUGCUGUUCUCUUCUCCCGCUUCCAGUUAAUUCCCAUUUCCAGGCCGAGAAAUCCUCCUCCUCCUCCUCCUCCUCUUCCUUCCCCAAUAAUAUGGAAAAACUGAUCCACCUGUCUCUGCUGCUUCUUCUCUCUUUCCACUUUCAAAUCGCAGGGGCCUCCACCCACAUCUACCCCUCCCAGCCCUUCCACGAUGUCGGUAAUUCUCUUCUCCUCUACGGUGGCAGCGAGGGCAUCUUCGCCUCUUCCCGAUCUUUCAUCAGGUUUGAGAACAUCACUCUCUGGAGAACAAUUACUACAACUGAUAACCGCCGCCACAGCAAUGGGUUAGUCCAAGCAGUGGUCUUUGAAGCCUCCGAUCGUAACAAUAUCGGUGGUUCAGCUUACGGCGGUCAAAGAUCUAUUUGCUGCACUCCGGAUCUGGCCAAGCUUCAAGGUUGUAAGCAGGGUGAGAUCAUUAGGAUUCCUUCUGCACAUGACCCUAGAUGGCCUAUCCUCUUACGUGUCCGCUUCAGAGGAAGACGUUUGUCUGCUAAGAUGGAAGACACUCAGAUUCUGAUCGGCAAGACUGGAAUCUAUAACCUCUUAUUCAUAUCCUGCGAUCCACAACUCAAGGGCCUCAAAAUGACCGGAAAGACUGUUUGGAAAAAUCCCGACGGCUAUCUCCCUGGUAGGAUGGCUCCCCUCAUGAAUUUCUAUGUCUAUAUGUCUCUCGCAUAUUUGCUGCUCAGUGCUGUCUGGUUCUUCCAGUAUGUGAGGUUCCGGAUGGAUAUAUUGCCGCUUCAACAUUGCAUAACUGCUGUCCUUGUUCUCGGAUUGCUUGAGAUGCUCUUUUGGUACUUGGAUUAUGCAAAUUUUAACAACACGGGGAUGAGGCCUUUAGCCCUCACUACAUGGGUUGUUACCAUUGGUGCUUUCAGAAAGACUUUUUCCCGCAUUCUCAUACUCUGUGUUUCCAUGGGAUUUGGGGUUGUCAAAUCCACUCUUGGUGGUCUCACCUCUAAAGUCCUCCUUGUUGGAGUUACUUACUUCAUAGCUUCUGAGAUGCUUGAUAUAGCUGAGCACGUUGGCAUCAUUGACGACAUGUCCGGAAGAUCAAAACUUUUUCUUGUCCUUCCUGACGCCUUCCUGGAUGCAUUUCUCAUUUUGUGGAUAUUUACCUCUCUUUCGAAAACGCUCCAACAGUUACAGAUGAAGAGGACCUCGGUGAAGUUGGAAAUUUACCGCAAGUUCUCAAAUGCUCUUGCAGUGAUGGUUGUUGUCUCUGUUGUAUGGAUAGUGUAUGAGGUGUAUUUCAAAGCAACAGAUCCAUUCAAUGAACGAUGGCAGACUGCUUGGACCAUAACUGCCUUCUGGGAUGUUAUUGCAUUCUUGUUGCUAUGUAUUAUUUGCUAUCUCUGGACCCCCUCACAGAACUCCCAGAGAUAUGCGUAUUCGGGAGACGUGGAUGAAGAAAACGAGGAAGCUCAGUCACUGACAGGGGGGAAGCAAGAAGGUGAUAUUAGCUUAGUUAAGCAAGAGAAGAAUGCCGACUCGGACAGUGAAGAAGAUGUCGAAGAAGAUAAGAGAGAGUGAGGAGAGUCGGCAAAGAAACGGCUAGGCAUCUGUGUUUGAUCAUGAGCUGAGGGAAGUAGAAAUAUCAGCAUGAGGGUCAACUAUAGCACAAGGCAACAAAGCUACGACGUCUUAAUACAUAUAUGUAAUUGUGUGUUUGUAUUUUAUUUUAGUUUAUUUUUUCUGAAGUACAGAUUAAACUUUGCAAUAUUCGAGUAUCAGUUUUGUGAUACAACAUAUGUCCUUACUGAAGAACCAACAUCUGAGUCAUCUAA